UUAACAUUCUGUUCUUCCGCAUGAUGGAUUUUCUUUUGGAGAUUCAAACUGAAGCCUGUACGGAGGAAAUGUUGUUUUUAAGGGAAAUGAAUAGAAAUAAUCCACUUUGAAGAAGCCAUGGCAAAAUCAAAGACAAAACAUAGACUUUGUUCUCAGGAAUCUUCAGUAUCUGCGCUGCUGGCAAGCUGCAGCCUGAGUGGUAGUAAUUCCUCUAAUUCUGAUGGCUCGUUUCAUUAUAAAGAUAAGCUGUACAGAUCUGCUUCUCAAGCUCUACAGGCUUAUAUUGAUGAUUUUGAUCUAAGCCAAAUAUAUCCUGGUGCAAGCACUAGAAAAAUUAACAUUGAUGAGGAUUUUACUAAUACGUCACAGUUCUGCAACUAUAUUUACAAACCAAACAAUGCUUUUGAAAACCUCGAUCACAAAAAGCACUCAAACUUCAUAUCCUGUAGAAGACAGACUAUUAAUGACAUAGACUCCAUGAGCCUGACAACUGAUGAUCUAUUAAGACUUCCAGCAGAUGGAUCAUUUUCUUGUACUUAUGUUGGACGGAGUCACCGAACGAGCAAGAAAAGCAAGAAAUGCCAUGGAAGACUGGGUUCAUUGGACGUUGAGAAGAAUCCAAAUUUUCAAGGACCCUACACUCCCAUGGGCAAGGAUAACUUUGUUAAUCCUGUUAUACGCACAAAUAUAAAUGGAAAGCAAUGUGGUAGGCUAAAAAACCCAAAACUUAUUAAUAGGACUAAUAAUUGCAUUUCUGAAUCAUCUUCGUCUUUUCCCAAGAAAUCGUCUUUCAAGGACAGUUCAGAACACAGUCUUGAAAAGAAUUAUCCAAGAUGGCUCACUAGCCAGAAAUCUGACCUUAAUGUUUCAGGGAUAACUAGUAUACCUGAUUUCAAAUACCCAGUCUGGCUCCACAAUCAAGACUUGCUACCUGAUGCAAAUAGUCAAAGGGUUUAUCAGAUAUUUAAAGAUGAUCAGUGUUCUCCUAGACAUAGUCAUCAGGCACAAGGAACUUCUCGGCUUAUGAAUAAAUUAGAUUGUUUUGAAUAUGCUUUUGAACCCUCAAACUUUUCAAAUUCCUUGAGUGAUGAUAAAGAAUUAGUUAAUGAAUACAAAUGUGAUUUUGAACAUAGCCAAUGUCAAUGUGAGAAUCCACUUCUCCCAGGACAAUCCACAAAGCCAUUCAGUGGUGACAAAAUUGAAUUGCUUAUCUUGAAGGCCAAGAGAAAUCUAGAGCAGUGUACUGAAGAAUUACCAAAGUCCAUGAAAAAGGAUGACAGUCCUUGCUCAUUAGAUAAACUUGAGGCAGAAAGAUCAUGGGAAAAUAUUCCUGUUACUUUCAAAUCUCCUGUUCCCGUUAACUCUGAUGAUAGUCCUCAACAAACUUCAAGGGCAAAGAGUGCUAAAGGGGUUCUUGAAGACUUUCUAAAUGAUGAUAAUCAGAGCUGUACUCUUUCUGGAGGCAAACAUCAUGGUCCUGUCGAAGCCCUGAAACAAAUGUUAUUUAACCUUCAAGCAGUACAAGAACGUUUUAAUCAAAAUAAGACCACAGAUGCAAAAGAAGAGAUUAAACAAGUUUCAGAAGAUGGUUUCUCUAAAUUACAGUUGAAGGAAAGUAUGAUUCCUAUUACUAGGUCACUUCAGAAGGCUUUGCACCAUUUAUCUCGCCUGAGAGACCUGGUUGAUGAUACGAAUGGAGAACAGUCACCGAAAAUGUGAAGAGGAAAAUGAAACUGUCACCACAAUAAAUAGUCACCACAGAACAAAUAGGCAUUUUUUCUAUUACUUAAACUGACAAAGUAAAUAUAAGCCAUACAUUAUUUUGUAGUUGGUUCAAGGAUUAUAUAUUUCUAAAACACUAAACUUGAAAAUACUCAUAGGUUUUGGGACCUAUCUUUAUUUUGUGCCAACAUACUAGAAUGUGAACUGCAAGGACCCACAAUGUAUCCUAAAGUCUUACUUUUGCUUUCUGGCCAGCAAAUGUCUAAUAUUUAAAGUUGGAUGACUUCUGUUCUUGAAGCUUAUCUGGAUUUAACCUUCUUCAGCAUCCUCAACAUUUUAUUACCUGGUUCAGGAUCAUUAAGAAA